AUGUUUAUCCGCUCUGUUCUGCUGGGCGCUGCCGCUAUAGGCGCCAGCGCUGUACUGGUGGUCCCCGAGAUGGAAUCCGUCGAGGAUGGAUUCGUGAAUGUCCACCCAAUGCUCCUGGAGGAUGUCCAUCAUGCGGCUGUUGAUUUGCCUUGCACCGAGUGCCCUUUCCGUGAAACCAAGGAAGGCACUGUCAGCUGGACUGAGGAUAAAUCAUCACACCUGAUGUUGGAUUUCUCGGUUGAAGACAACCGCCUGCUUGCCAACGGCCGCCAAAUCUUCCCUCCUACUCCUCCCAGCCCCAUUCAUGCCAUCCAACAAAGCGAUGAGGGCGAAGACUCCGAGCCCAUGCCUGUUGGCUAUGCUCUGGAGGUCAUGCCGAUGGCCGCUCCAUCCGAUGAGCCCGGCUACGAACUACUGGAUGUUCGUUUUACCGUUCUCGACCUGGAGAACCACCCCGUUCCAGUCGAUACUGUGGCGAUCACCGUUCUCCAAGACCCCAACGGCGAGCUGUUCAUCGCCAAGACGGAGAUUGAGAAGACUACACCCGCCUCCGACCGCGUCUCCUGGAAGGAGUGCCAUGGAAAAGCCAAAUGCCUGCAAGAGCUUCUGGUUGCCCGCAUUCGUGGAUUGUUGGAUGGCGCCAAAACCCGUGUCAUGGGCAUGACCAAGGCUGGUCGCAAGGGCUGCCACGGCAAGCACAAGCCCAAGAUGAUGGAACACCAUGGUCCCCACGGCCACCACGAAGGAGGCCUUGACGGUAUGCCCUUCCCUCCGCCGCCAUCUUUCGGCGAAGAAGACUUUCAACCCGAAGAGUUUGGUCCAGGCGGACCCCACGGCCAUGGCCACGGCUUUGGCUCUGAUGCUGGCCGCCCGCAUCACCACCACUCUCCUCACCACGGUGCCUUCGCCCGCACAUUCUCGCGCGUUGUCCACUUCAUCGUUGUUCCUGCUGUUCUCGGCGUCCUGGCUGGAUUGACCGCCAGCGCUGUCGGUAUGCUGGUCGGUCAAGCUGUGGUCUUCCUCUGGCAACGGUACCGUGGUACCAAAUCACCCGAACACAAGGCUGCUUGGGAGCAUGGCGAAGCAUGCGAAAAGCAGGGCCUCAUGGCCGAAUCCCGCCACUCCGAAGAGAUGCUUCCCGAAUACACGGAACCAUCUGAGACCCGAGCAUCCCUCGACAAGAACUAA